UGUUAAUGUAGGGAAACAUUAACCGAGAAAGAAAGAGAAGUAGCGACGCCGAAGUGGUAGUAGGUGUUCAAAAUUGUUCGUGCCACUAAUAAAAAGGACCGAUUCUCGGUGUUGGCGGCAAUGAGACGAUUAUGAUUCAUCAUAAUAACUAAUAACUGAAACUGAAGUUGAAGAAAAGAAGAGCAACAAAAUGGGAGUCCAAGGUCUGUGGGACUUGCUGGCUCCCGUCGGCCGUCGAGUAUCCGUAGAAACUCUAGCCGGCAAGAAAUUAGCCAUCGAUGCUAGUAUAUGGCUGGUCCAGUUCAUGAAGGCGAUGAGAGACGACAAGGGAGAGAUGGUACGGAACGCUCAUUUGCUUGGCUUCUUUCGUCGAAUUUGUAAGCUUUUGUAUCUCCGCACUAAGCCUGUCUUCGUCUUCGACGGUGCCACCCCUGCUCUCAAGCGCCGCACCGUCAUCGCUCGUCGGAGGCUGCGAGAGAACGCCCAGGCUAAGAUCCGCAAAACCGCUGAGAAAUUGCUUCUUAAUCAACUGAAGUCAAUGAGGCUGAAAGAACUGGCAAAGGAUCUUGAGAAGCAGAAUGCUGCUAAUAAGAAGGGCAAGCAGACGAAGAUUUUGGAAGAGAAUAAACGUGUGCUGUCUGAGUCCGAAAAGCUUGAUGAAAUGCUGGCAGCGUCCAUUGCUGCUGAGGAAGGUGGGAGUUUAGAUAACAAUGCAUCCACAUCUGCUGCUGCUGCUGCUGCUUUGGAGGACAUGGAUAGCGAUGGAGAUGGAGAUGAAGAGAUGAUUUUGCCACCAAUGCAUGAGGUUGAAGACCCAGCUGUCUUAGCUGCUUUGCCCCCAUUAAUGCAACUUGAUCUUCUGAUGAGAGAGAGAUCAUUUGCAGAAAAGGGAAAAAGUAAUCAAGACAAGCAGUUGGAGAACCAGAAUGACAAGCACAAAAAUAAUGCAAAGGGCAAGGAAAUUUUGUCAGAUCAUACUGAAUUUGAAGGGAGCAAUAUGGGAAGAGAUCACGUGGCAGCAGAGAGUUACAAUCAGGAGAAGUUAGACGAAAUGUUGGCAGCAUCUAUGGUGGCUGAGGAGGAAGGCAGUGAUGAAGAUGAAGAGAUGAUACUGCCACAUGGGAAGGUUGAUCCUGCUGUUUUAGCAGCUCUGCCACCAUCAAUGCAACUUGAUCUUCUGGUCCAGAUGAGAGAGAAAUUGAUUGCUGAAAACAGACAAAGGUAUCAAAAAGUCAAGAAGGUGCCCGAAAAAUUCUCUGAGCUUCAAAUUCAGGCUUAUCUUAAAACUGUUGCUUUCCGUCGUGAGAUAGAUCAAGUGCAGAAAGCUGCUGCUGGGAAUGAUGUUGGUGGUGUUCAGGCUUCAAGGAUAGCUUCUGAUGCAAACCGAGAAUUUAUUUUCUCAUCAUCCUUUUCUGGGGAUAAAGAGUUGCUUACAACUGAUGGAGUGAAGAGAAGAGAAGGACAUGAGCAACAAAAGGAACCAUUAAAGCAACCAUCUUCAGAUUUUGUGGCUGGUGUUGCAUCUAUCUGUAAGUCCAAUACUGUGACAGGAUUUUCCCAGGAUGAAUCUAGCAGUGCUUUUGAUGAUGAUGUUGAGACAUAUCUUGAUGAAAGAGGUCGUAUGCGAGUCAGUAGAGUCAGAGCCAUGGGGAUGCACAUGACCCGUGAUUUGCAAAGGAACUUGGAUUUAAUGAAAGAAAUUGAAAAGGAGAAAACGCUUUCUAUCAAGACUCCAAGUGCUCGGUCUGUGCAUAACAGAAAUAAGAUUGGUACCCCCAGAUGUUUUCCCAAUGAAAAUCAUAAUGGAGAAAGUUCACAUGGUAUCGAUGGCAACUCCACUAACUUGAACAAGAUGAACGAGCAGUCCUUGUUGAGUAAUGAGACUUCUGUGCAGAUAUCAUUUGAAGUUGGUGACGAGAGCAAGCAUUUUAGCAGUGAUGACGAAGUGUUUGCUUCUUUAGUAGCUGAAAAGCCUGUAAAAAUCUCUUCUGCUGGCAAUAGUACAUCAAGAAGAUAUUCUGAUGAUUCUGCUUCUGAUAGUGACUGGGAGGAAGGAAUUGUUAAAGGAAAAGCUAAUAGUUCUCCUAAUGAUGUUGAAUUAAGAACUAAGCUGUCUCCUAAGGUUAGCAAUGUUAGCGAUGAUAGUGAAGUGGAAUGGAUGGAAGGAGAUUCUGAUAUUCAUGAUAACUCCUCCUAUCUAGCUGAAUCAAAAAGAAAACUAGUUUCCAAAGGUACUUUGGAAGAAGAAGCUGCUUUGCAGGAUGCUAUUAGGAGAAGUCUUCAUGAUAAGUCCUCAUAUCCAGCUAAAUCAAGAAAUCAAGUUUCUGGAGGUUCUAUAGAAGAUGAGGCUGGUUUGCAGGAUGCCAUAAUGAGAAGUCUUAAUGAUCUUGGGAGUGAAAAAUCCAUCCACUCAGAAUCUGACCCUAAAAAUGUUAAAAGCUCUAGAGGGCAUGCUUAUGAAGGUGUGGGCUUUCUCAAUCAAGAAGAUAAUGGUUCAGCUAUGCUCAGGAAGGAUGCUACCCAACAAAGCAAAUCAAUCUCUGAAAUUUUGGGUUUUGAAAACCUAGGUGAUGCAGGUGAAGUUAAUAUCUCACAAGCCUUUCCAUCUGUGGGUAGCCAAUUAAAGUCAUCUAAAGCUCAUAAUCCUGAUGAUGUGGUGAUGCUAAUAAAUGAAUCACGUGAAAGUUAUGUGCAUUCUAAUCCUGCCUGGAUAAGCCAAGAUGUGGAUAAAAGGGAGAAUGGGUGCCAAGGCAUGCCAUCUAUUGAAUCAAUUGGCCCUUUGGAAGCAAAGGAGAACCACUUGAAUUUGGAACCUGCUUCUGAAAUUGAGAAUGGUGGGUUAUCUGCCUCCCAUGAGAAGUAUUCAAGAGAUGGCUUUCAUACCGCUAUAGCAGCAUCUACUUAUCUACCUCUUACUGAGCUAAUUGAUGAUAGAAAUGAUAAGAAAGCAGAGCCAUCCAUGUUCAUUGGUGGAGAGAAAAUUAGUUCUGAGGCUGAGCCACCAUGCCUUUCAGUUGAGAACUCUUUCCCAGAAGAUUCAGUGAAUGGCAGUGAUUUUGCAGAGAAACUUGAUGGAGAAAAAAAAGCAGAAGACCAUCUUAGUGAAAGGGAAUGCUAUAUCAGCAAAUCUGCAUCCAUGGAUAAUGAGAAUGAACAGGUCAAUUUUACAGAGGCUAGUUUGGAGAAGGAAAUGCUAAUACUAGAUCAAGAAUAUAGUAAUCUAGGAGAUGAACAGAGAAAGCUUGAGCGUAAUGCGGAAUCAGUCACCAGUGAGAUGUUUGCAGAAUGUCAGGAGCUGCUGCAGAUGUUUGGCUUACCAUAUAUUAUAGCACCAAUGGAAGCAGAAGCUCAAUGUGCAUAUAUGGAACUUGCAAAUUAUGUCGAUGGUGCUGUGACUGAUGAUUCUGAUGUCUUCUUGUUUGGAGCUCGAAAUGUGUAUAAGAAUAUAUUUGAUGAUCGUAAAUAUGUGGAGACAUACUUCAUGAAGGAUAUCGAGAAAGAGCUUGGUCUAUCAAGAGAGAGAUUAAUUCGCAUGGCUCUGCUUCUUGGAAGUGAUUAUACCGAGGGAGUUAGUGGCAUUGGCAUUGUCAAUGCUAUUGAGGUUGUGACUGCAUUCCCCGAGGAGGAUGGCCUUCAAAAAUUCAGGGAUUGGAUUGAAUCACCGGAUCCAGCUAUCCUAGGAAAGUUUGAUGUUCAAACUGGUCUGGGUGUGAGGAAAAAAGAGUCAAAGGUUGGUGGUAGUGAAGCAAAAUGCACAGGUAAUGGCAUGGAAGGGACGAAUCCAUCUGGCCUAAACAUUCCUCAAGCUCAUGAAGAAAAGCAAUCUGCAGAUCAUUCUCAAGUGAUAAAGCAGGUUUUCAUGGAUAAGCAUAGAAAUGUGAGCAAGAACUGGCACAUUCCUUCUUCUUUUCCGAGUGAAGCAGUCAUUUCUGCGUAUUCUUGUCCGCAAGUGGACAAAUCAACUGAGCCUUUCACGUGGGGAAAACCAGAUCUUCAUGCUCUUCACAGAUUAUGCUGGGAAAAGUUUGGGUGGCACAUUCAGAAGUCAGAUGAGUUGCUACUUCCUGUUCUGAAGGAGUAUAAUAAACAUGAGACUCAACUACGACUGGAAGCAUUUUACAGUUUCAAUGAAAGAUUUGCAAAAAUUCGUAGCAAGAGAAUCAAGAAGGCUGUUAAAGGGAUCACUGGAAACCAAUACUCUGACAUGAUGGAUGAUCCUGUGGAAGAAGUUUCUAAAAGUAGAACUGGAAAUAUAUCUGGGAAAUCUGGUGAAAAUGAACCUCAGACACAUUCAAAGAGAACUGCAAGAACUGCUCCUGGCAAUAAGAGUAGUUUUCUGGAAAAAUCAAAACCAAAGUGGUCCAGGAAAAGGACUGCUGAGCAGCCUGUUUUUCCUGAAGUUGAGAAUACAGAGGCAACUGUUAGGCCAUGUAGCGAUAGAGGAUUCCUAAGAAAUGGAAAAGGUAGAGGGAGAGGUCGGGGAAGAGGAAGGGGAAGGGGAAAGGCAAAUCUUUGUUUUGAACAAUCAGAUUCAAGCUCUUGUGAUGUUGAUAGUGGUCAUGAUGAGCAUGAAGUGCAUGUUGAUGAGUCAAGUGGCCCACAUGAAUUGCGGAAGUCAACACGGUUGCGGAAGCCUGUAAAUUACACAGUCGAUGACUUAGAAAUUGAUGAUGUGGAGAAGUCCUUGGACCAGGGUGAUAAAGAGGGGUUUGACAAAGAGGCACUGCAUCAAGGUUUCUCUUCUUCUCAAGAAGCACGUGGAGAUGGUGGCAUUGGCAUCAAAGACAAUGAACAACUUGAAGUGGGAGAUUCUUCACUUCAGAGCUUCUCCAGGGAUUAUCUUGAAGGGGGAGAUGGAUUUUGCUUUGAUGGAGAGGAAGUUGGUGUCCCUGGCGUGGACCGAAAUAGCUAUUUUUCAAAGGUUGAACUUUCUGAUGAUCACCUUGAAAGGGGAGGUGGUUUUUGCCUGGACGAAAGUGACGCAGGCAUGGACCAAGGCACUAACCAAAACCCACCUACAACGGGUGAUCUUUUGGAAGAUGUUGAGCAUGGCACUGAGCUCUUGAAUGAGGUCAGAGAUGGAGGGAGGACGAGUGCUUGUGAAACUGAGUUGAAUGCAGACAGCGUGGUUGCAGCAGCACAUGCUGGUGGUCAUUUAAGGAGCAGCGUCUCUGGCCCAGAAAUAACUAAGAAUGAGACGGGGGCAACUGGUGGUGCAGGAAGUCUAAGUGCAAUGCCGUACCUGCUUAAAAGAAAACGGAGGAAAAUGUGAUUUUCUAGAUCAGUCUUUCUGCCACUGCUGCGAUGUGUAUUUUUAGGGUUCCCACCGCCAUAGAGAGUAAUCAAUAAUAUAGUUAUCUGUUGCAUGCCUGAAACAUACAAGAUGUGUCUCUUGUCACCAUUUGUUUUGUGCAGUCUGAAAAUGAAUUAUUUCUUUUUGUAUCACUUUUGCAAAUUUAAAGUUUCAGAAA